CCAGCUUCCAGACCACGUCGUGGCGGAGGCCCUCCUUCUCCUGCGCGGUGAGGACGUCGUACAGCAGCUGCCGGCGGGCGAAGUCGAGCUCCUGCACGAUGGCGGACAUCUCUUCGACGACGGCGUACUGGCGCCCCAGCAGCAGUUGGUGGAGAUUGGUCGAAUGCCACUCCCGCAGACACGAAGCGAUCUCGUCGACCAACGGUUCGGCCAGCGCGGUGGCACUCUCGUCGCCGAUCUUGAGCAUGGGGACGGGGGCGGCCGGUUUCGGAGCGUCGGCGUCGCGGGGCGCCAUCAGACUGAGGGGCGUAUACGGGAGGGCGGGCGAGUUCACGGCGUGGUUGGUCAGCGACCCGGGGCUCGCCAGCGCGUCGUCCUCCUGCUUGUGGAUGAAGAUCUGGGCGGGCUUCCCCUUCUUGGCGACGACCACGUUGGAGGCCUCACCGACCACGUGCACGUCAUCCUGCGAGAGAGCCAGGCUGCUUCGCAAAUCGGCCCCCUCGGUGUCGGUGCGGUAACUCUGGCGGUCGCCGUUCUUCGCGGGGCGGUUGGGGUCGGCGUCGCCCAGAACCUCACGAAUCUCGACGCAAUUGCGGGGGAAGAUGCCCGAAAAGACGCGCGCCUCGAGGGUCUGGCCCUUGUUGCUGGUCAGGCCCGCCAGCAGCGACGGCGGCGCGACCAAGUAGCCACGACACCAUUCGCCAUUGGCGCCCCCUUGUUCAAUGAUGUAGAGCUCAUCGCCGAGCUCCAGCGGUAGGUCGGCCGGGGUGGAGGGUUGAAAGGGGUAGAUAGCGACGGCGAAGGCGAUGCGAGGUAGAGGCCUCCAGGGCAUGUCUGCUCAAGAAGCGGCAAUCCCGAAGGACACCCCGCAAUGGUUGUCACAGUGGCCGGUCGAGGAAUGAGGGGGUGGGUGGGCGCGGUCACCGAGGGAGCGGGGGCGCACGAGAGGAAGGCGGAAGGCGGGGAGAAUUCUUUUCCAGAUCGAUCGAUGGAAUGGAGCGCCACAUGCAGAGCGAUCCUAUUGUGAGCGCUGAGUGACGGAGAAAAGGGGGGGGGGAGAGGGAGGGCGAGGAAUGUGGACGAAUGCCGACAGGACGGGAAUCAAUUGCGGAUGGACGAGGUCGGUAUGUUGUCGCAGCCGCGGGAACCUGAAAGGGGGUGUGGGUAAAGAGCGAAAAACGAAGCUAGUCGAGAAGGGACACUACAGCUCCAUGACAGAAAUCCGCAGGAUUGCAGAAAGGAAUGACCAGG